GCCAGCGCCGCCGGAGGAGUUACGGGGCGGGGUAACCUCCCGCACUCCCGGCUCGCACCCCUGCGCCUGGAUACUAAGCGGGAGGAGGAGCGGUGUGCGAGGGCAGAAGACGGCGAGAGGCUGUCGAAUGCCAGAGAUUCAACAGAGGAAAGGAAAAGUGACUCUGCUUUGCCUAACCCAACAGUAAUAUAUUUGGUGAGUGCUCUACCAGGUUUUACUGUGUCUGAAGAGAUGCCAGAUAAAACACCAGGUGGUACAGAGCCUGUGCCCAGAAGUGAAGAUGACUUCCACUUGCCUCUUGAUGUUGUACCAGCUGUGACAGAGGCGCUUGACUCCAAGACGAAAGGGGAAGAUUUGCACAAGGAGAGCAGACCUUUCCGCUACUGUGAAAAAAACACCAUGGACCUAUCAGACAGUGACCGUCCUGUCAGCUUUAGUUCCACUUCCUCCUCUGCAUCCUCCCGGGACAGUCACUGCUCCUUUGGAAGCAGAAUGACCUUGGUUUCCAACAGCCACUUGGGUUUGUUCAACCAGGAUAAAGAAACUGGUGCCAUCAAGCUAGAACUGGUCCCCGCCAGGCGAUUUUCCAGCAAUAAGACAUGUGAAAACACUGUUGAACAAGAGGAUCCUGAGGAAAGCCUUGAAAAAAGGCCAAGCAUGCCGAGGAAAGUAGAACCAAGAGGAGCGAGCAAAAACUGUGCAAUGUCCCUCGUCACAGAGCCCACCAGUCCGAAGCUUCUCUAUGUAGACAGAGUUGUCCAAGAGAUUCUGGAGACAGAGAGGAUGUAUGUGCAGGAUCUAAAAAGCAUUGUCAAGGAUUACCUCGACUGUAUCGCUGACCAGACCAAGCUGUCCCUGGGGACAGAAGAGCGAUCAGCCCUGUUUGGAAACAUACGGGAUAUCUACCAUUUCAACAGUGAACUUCUGCAAGAUUUGGAAAACUGUGAAAAUGAUCCUGUGGCUAUAGCAGAUUGUUUUGUUUCCAAGAGUGAAGAUUUCCACAUAUAUACGCAGUACUGCACCAAUUACCCAAGGUCAGUGGCUGUGUUGACGGAGUGCAUGAGGAACAAGGCACUGGCCAAGUUCUUCAGAGAGCGGCAAGAAGCACUGCAGCAUUCUCUGCCCCUGGGCUCUUAUCUCUUGAAACCUGUCCAACGCAUCCUCAAGUACCACCUGCUUUUGCAUGAAAUAGAAAACCACCUUGACAAGGACACUGAGGGCUAUGAUGUGGUGCUAGAUGCCAUAGAUACAAUGCAGAGGGUGGCAUGGCAUAUAAAUGACAUGAAAAGGAAACAUGAACAUGCCAUCAGGCUCCAGGAGAUACAGAGUUUGCUCACUAAUUGGAAAGGGCCAGACCUCACAAGUUACGGGGAGCUGGUGUUAGAAGGAACAUUUCGCAUUCAGCGAGCUAAAAAUGAGCGCACAUUGUUCCUCUUUGACAAGAUGCUGCUAAUUACAAAAAAGAGAGAUGAAAUGUUUGCAUACAAAGCUCACAUACUGUGUGGAAACCUGAUGCUUGUUGAAGUAAUACCAAAGGAACCACUUAGCUUUAGUGUCUUCCACUACAAAAAUCCCAAGAUGCAACAUACUGUCCAGGCAAAGUCACAGCAAGAUAAGCGUCUUUGGAUUCUUCACUUGAAGAGGUUAAUUCUUGAAAAUCAUCCUGCUAAAAUUCCUGCCAAGGCCAAGCAGGCAAUUCUCGAAAUGGAUGCCAUACAUCACCCAGGCUUCCACUAUAGCCCUGACGGAGAAAUGAAAUCAUCAUAUCAGCCUAAGGAAGGCACUGCUCCUCACAGAGUGAGAAGGAAAUCAGAACCCUCAUCUAGAGUCCAUAAAGUUUUGAAGUCAAAUGAUAUAAGUCCAGAUAUGCAGAAGCGGAUUGGUAUUGAGGGAGCUCUAUUAUCUCAAGCCACCAAACCAGGAUCAAGUGAAGCCCUGCUGAAUUCUAGGAAAAAGGUUGCAUUGGAAUCCAGUGGGCUGGAGAGCCAAUUGCAAGAGUCUAUUGAACCAGCCUACAGCAGCGACCAGGAUGAAAAUCUUCAGACUUCUGCUAUGGAACAGAUUGAUGCUGAUGAUGAAGAAGAGUCUGAACAGUCACAGGGAGUACAGCAAAACUCAUUGCAGAAAUCAAAAGGGGGAAGAAAAAGACUUAAUAGCCAAGCUGCUGAAAAUGUUGAAAAACGGAGAAGUCUUAAUGUCAACAAGUGUGAAAUGCAGAGCUCCAAGGACCCCUCAGAUGAAGAGUCAACCCAGCUGAAUACUGACCUUCCGUUUUCCUGCGCAGCUAGACAGCCACAGUCUCCUAGACAAUUCAGCACAACCCAGAGCAAUUCGCUAAUCAUGAAUAUCCUGGGAGGAAGUACCUCUGUCAGAAACAUCUGGACGGACCAUCAAAUCAGGCAGGCAUUGUUUCCCAGCCGGCGCCCACCUUAUGACAACGAAGAUGAUGAAGACGAUUAUCAAAUGUUUGUACCAUCACUGUCUACGUCCAAUGCAAGCUCAGCUGUCAGUGGAGAAAGGAGGGGUUCUUCUGGGCGUCCAUGCAGCUGGCAUUUGGGGGUAGUGCAUCAAAACGAGACUUCCAGCCCCACUCGUCACAAAAUUGUCAGACGGGCCAGUAGUGCUGGUGAAAGUAACAUGUGUCCAGCCAGCACAAGGUGUAAAAUAGUGGAGCGUGGUUCUCAAAGGGAAGUGAAGAUAGCAGAAGUGAGCAGUAGGAAUGCAUAUCCCGAAUCUUCAGAGGAGUUGACUAUCGAUGAUAUUGAACAUGUUUAUGAUAAUAUAAGCUAUGAAGACUUAAAGCUGAUGGGUCUGACAAGAAGGGAGGAGACACACCGUGGUCCCCAGAGAUCUGCUAGAGACUCUCUCUAUGAGGCUGAAAACAAAACCGGCUUAGAUUCACCCUCCAAAAAGAGGACAGCAAAUCAAAACAGGGCCUUUGUUUGUGUUAGUAGGGAGGAGAUACUACUCAGUAAAGAAGCACCUACUUCAAGUUUAGAUGAGCUCAGGAUUGUUGAAGACAACAUCUAUGACACCAUAGUGCUUCCAGAAACACCACUGUUGAAUUUUAAAUGUGACCCUUUGAAAACCUCUAAAAGGAGGAGUUUUUUGGAAAAAGACUUUGCAUAUUGUGACAAUCUACAACAUUUUGUUUCCGAAGAGAGUCUCCAGUUCAGUGAAGAUGAAAGUCCUUACCAUCGUGUUCCCAUUGACAAUGACUAUUUGAGCUUAGUAGAUAGCUCCUCCAACUCUGAUUCUCUGUCCCAUAAGUCUGCAGCAGAUAAACUCUCAGAGGAAGUAGAUGAGAUUUGGAAUGACCUGGAGAACUAUAUCAAGAAAAAUGAGGAAAAGACAAGAGACCGUGUCCUUGCAGCCUUUCCUGUCUGUAAAGAUGAUAUGCAGGAAAGGCUGCAUGCUGGUAGUACACCUGAACUGAGUAAAGAUGUAGAGUAUUCUCUGUCUACUCUCUCUCUGCCAGAAACUCCUAUUUUCCCUAAAACUGUGAAGCCCAGGGCUGCCACCAUUAGUGAGGCGAAUCUCAGGCUUGAAGACACUACACCAUGCAAGAACUCUUUUAUGAGUCUGAACAGAUCUUCCUACUCCAGUGAGAUGCCUCUUGUAGAUGGUCCAUAUGAACCUGCCAACAAUGUUCUGUCCAAUGUGCGUGCAGAGAGUGUGGAAAAUGACUUGGCUGUUGUGGAUAAAACAAAGAACAGAGUUUUUAUGAUGGCAAGGCAAUACAGUCAAAAAAUUAAGAAGGCUAACCAGCUUUUGAAAGUUAAAAGUCCAGAGCAGGAACAGCCAGCUAGCAGACAACAGAAACUGAAACACAAAGAUCUUGCUGCUAUUCUGGAGGAGAAGAAACAAGGGGGUCCUGCUAUUGGUGCCAGAAUAGCUGAAUAUUCCCAGCUUUAUGACCAAAUUAUCUUUAGAGACAGUACUCCUAAGGUCCAAAAGGAAGCCUGGGUCACUCCUCAGGAGCCAUCAGCUGGGAGGUUUUCCACACCCGUGGCCACAUCACCUCCCCGUUCCCAGCCUGCCAGUGAAUGCCCAAGAGCAGAAGAUUGGCUUUUGCAUUCUACAUACAGUAAUGGCGAGCUGGCCGACUUCUCUCCGUGCUCUGAAUCCCAAAACCCAAAGUCCAAGAACUCAUAUACAGAAGCUGGUACAAAAAGUAAUUCAAAGCAGUUGCUAUCAGCUGGAUCGGUGCCUUCCCUUCAGAUUUCUAACCAUUUACAUGUCCCAGCGCAGAGGUGGAGUGCCAUUAUAAGCCAACCAAACAAAGAAAACUUACAUCGAGAUCACAUCUAUAAUUCACUUGGGAGGAGAGUAAGCAAUGUAAAACCACAGGCAUACAGUAGGUCGCAGUCAUCUUCCUCAAUUGUGGUCAACAGGUCUGGAGAAUCAAUUGUAUAUACUAAUGAAAUUGACAAGAAAAAGCUCCAUUUGAAUAGGAACUUCCGAUUCAACAAUCAUCAAAGUCCUGAUAUUGCUUCAGCAUGUACAGGGCCGGAGAUGAGAAAGCAGAUCCCUGAAAACUGUUCAGAUAUAAUUCUGCAGGAUUCUCAAAAAGUCCUGAGAGUGAACAGGGCCUCCCCUCUGACAGCACAGAUGGCCACUCAGAACUAUUUUUCGAAUUUCAAAGAUUCUGAAGAAGGAGAAGGGGAUGAUGAUGACUAUGUUGAAAUAAAGUCUGAAGAUGAGGGAUCUGACUUGGAGACUUCUCAGAACCAAACAAGGAAAUCGAAUCCUAAACUGCGUAAUGCAGACGCUGUUCCUUCUGAAACGCUCUGUGGCAAAACUGUCUCCUGUACUCCUGCAAAGUCUGCCAGCAGCAAACAGGCACUUACCCCAUAUCUGACUGCAUAUAGUGAUUCAGAUAAACUGAAUGACUACCUGUGGAGGGUACCAUCUCCUAAUCAGCAGAAUAUUGUACAGUCUUUAAGGGAAAAAUUUCAGUGCCUCAGUUCAAGUAGCUUUGCCUGAUGCUUUCAAUAAUUUCUAGCUAUACUGCCUUAUCAUGACAGAGUAUAUACUAGGACAAUCAGUACUGGCAUCAUGUAUUUCCACAAUAUUACACAAUCAGGCAUUGUAUCACAAUAAUAUUGUAAAUAGAUGUGAAAUGUAUCUUUUUUAAAGUGGUUUAGAAUCCUGAACAUAAAAAAGGCCAUACGUGCACUGUCCGGAGUCCCUCUCUGGAGCGCAGGUGGACUUCUCAUCUCGUAUUGGAUCUUUGCAUCUCUUCCCUUGUUAGGUGUCAUGACCCCCCUCAUUCUUACCAUCGAACCAGGUCUGAUACCAUUUGCUUCUUAAAGCAUUUUAUCAUGUGGAAACCUUAGUAUUUGGACUUUCCAGUUGGCUUCCAGUGUUCUGCCUCCAGAAUACCUGCGUGAUUACUCUGCCUACAUACAGGAGCAUUUAGCUGAACAGCUGCUCCUGUGGCUGGGCAGAUUUCUGAGGAGGUUCUGGUAGUUACACCAACAGACAACGUGCAUAAUUGCACAUACUUUUUUGCACGUUACUUUUUAUCAGACAGAUUCCAAGGGUGUGGGACCAAUGCAUAUGCUAUAUUACUUUACAACAAGCUUCUUACAUUUUAUACAAAAUCUAGUCCUAGUGCUUGAUAGCCUCUUCUACUUUCUGGAACUGCAUAGUCAGCAGAAGACAGGCAGUGGUGGCUUUUUAUGAAAACCUGUGGAUGUGACAUAGUCCUUGUCCGGGGAAUUGUUCUGGCAAUAGAAG